GCCAGCUUUCAAACUGUCAGACUUCGGGGGAAGCGGGUAAAACGUAAACAAUAAGCCAAGUCCGUGCAUGGUUUCUAUAGUUAGGAAUUGGGUAUUUGCUUUUCUUUUGUCGGACAUCGCACUUGUAUCAUUGCAAAAAGUUAAUUAACUACUUCUAUAUUAUCAGCCAUAGACUGGCCGUAAGCAGAGUGUUCACCGCUGUUUAUUUUUGGCUAACCUCCUGCUGUUAGUUAGCUUUACGGCUAGCGGAGCUCCUCACAGACAGAUCGGUGUGGUUUUGUUAUGUUUACGCAGAAUUGCGCUUGACUAUCGGGCCACUUAUCAUACAUGACAGAAGGAGAAAGCUUAUAACUAUUUAGCCAUGUAGUGCCUAGUUAGUUAGCCAAAUAGCUAAAUAUCUAUAUUUAUUGAUAUUUUUAUGUGGAUGAUGACUGAAAACGUAUGGUGGACACGUGAAGGCAAUAUCAGGAAGGGCCGAGUGGGCAGCUAGCAGGCUAACUGCGUUAGUUAAGCUAAGCGCUUGCAUUGGAAUGGAGGAGUACGAGGCGUUCGCGAGGCGCCGCUUGGCGCAGCUCGGGGAGGCGGCCGGCGCGCGGGAUAGCGCGCGCUCCGCCGCGCGGCCGGUAAACGGCGGCUCCUCUUGCAUCAGGUUUCACGGCGUCGCCGUCCUUCCGCCUCUGCUCACCGAGCAGCAGAGGGAGCUAAUGCGGGGGUACAAAGUGGAAGCGAUGAGGCUGCUGAGACAGAGGGGUACAGCACAGCCGGAUUCGAGGGUGUCACAGGUGCAGACCCUCCUCGAUAGUGUGCAGCUGAGGAAGGUACCAACACUUCAGGAGUUCAUUCAAAAUGAGCCCGACGUUGUUGGGACAGGAAGUGCCACUUGGGAUUUUCCUCCGCCUUUGUGUUCCACGGCUAAACCGAUGCAUGAUGGGAAACGGGAUGAGUUCUCAUUUCAUCAUCUGACAUCCAUUUCUUCCGUGACUCUGGGUGCUACCGACAGUCCAGACCUUACCGGCAGGACGUCUCUGGUCCCUGACACCCGCUGUGCGCUUGUGCACGGUUCUGACGUACAUCAGACCGCAGAGACUCGGGACCAAGCCAGCCAGCACUCUCUGUCAUCUGGUUACAUCACUUCCGACAAUACGGAAGCCGCCAGCCAUACGGCUGCUACAGUGGAGGCUGUCCAACUAAGCAAGGAGGUGCGUCAGGUGGGGAGCCAGGAGAGUCUCAUUCCGCUUGACACUGACUGCUUGGCUGAGGGCACAGGAACAGUGAAAGGCUUUGCACUGGCAUCUGAGGUCAAUCUGGACACUGCUCGUUCUGGAUCAGGAGACCCUGGUGUGUGCGAGGUGCCGUAUCGUAUGAGCCUUCAGAAUCUUUUGAAGCAGUCCCAAGAGUACCGGCAGCGGCAGCGUCAGCUGAGGAUGGCAAAGAAUCUGUCCCAGGAGACGGACGAGGCCCAGAACCUUUCUGACAAAGAGAACAAUGAGGUCCCCCUAGUGGAGAAAAAUGAGCUCAGGAAAAGUAAAGCGAGAAGAGCCAAUCAUGCCAAAGUUAGGUUUUCACAGUUUGACCCAUCUUCUGUAAGUGUGGCGCAACAGCCACCAUUUCAGACUCUGUCAGAAACUCCAGAGGUCCAGUCCUCUGUUGGGACGAACCUGGAAAUCAGCGAAAAGGUGUUUGAUUGUGGAUCAGUGAAUGUCCCCGGGAAUGUGGGAAGGGGCACCCUGGUUUCUGCAGUUCCUGCUCUGUCUUUGGAAUCAUCUGAACCUGAUGGCCUAGUUGGAGAUAAUCUGACGCCGUCUACGGCAAGGGAUGAUCCAGCAAGUGAUCUAUCACAGCCCCUAACCACCACAUCCUCCUCCGCAGAGCCCUGUGGUCUCAGUGUGGGGCCAAAGAUUGAUGGCACCGUGCCAAAUCAAGUGCCAGCCAGUAAGAAGUUUACAACAUUUCCGACUCCCCAGCUGUGCUUGAGUCCUGUCCAUUGUGGAAAGGGCCGAGGUCCCAUCGCGAAGCUCUUGGUGAACACCACCCUGAGUGUCAGCGACAACGCUGGGCUGCCUGCUCGCACAAAAGAUGGUGUUGACCGAGCUGUGCAGAUCAGCCAGCUGGAGAUGAAUCUGUCCCGCCUGCAGGCCCUCAUCUCUGACUUGGAGUCCACCCUGGAUGAAGGUUCCACUUGUCAAACAUGGGCUAAAGGCAGCCACCUUAGGGGUGAGUGGGCGCUGCCGGCCAGGGAGCUGCUGGGCCUCACUGAGCAUCGGCAGCCCAAAAGUCAGAUCACGUCCAUCUCCCAGAAGAUGCGAGUGCCGGAGAUGUUCCGGGACGCUCCGGUGGUGCCACGUAGGAGUCCCGUCCUCACUGACUCUAGCAACCGACCCCCGCUGGACGACUCCCGCUCCCCAAGCGAUCGGUCAUGCGACGUGGAAACGCCGUCCAGCCUGUGGCAGUGGGGUGAGGAGACCGGAGCGCGGACGCAGAAUCUGGGCUCGCCUGUGGACCAAGGUCCGGGGAUGCGAGCCAAGCGCAGACUCCUCAUGAGCACCGCGGAAACAAAGUCCCCCAGGAUGCCGGCGGCGUCACACAGCGCAGCUUGGGGAAGGCCGCGUUCCAGCACCCCCAAAGUGCAGACCGGCACUUGGGCACGGCUCCUGCCAAAGGAGACCCAGCUGCAUGUGGAGGCCCCAAUUAAGGAGCAGGAGAGGGAGCAGCUGCAGAGGAUCGCCGCCCGCUACCAGUGCCUCCGGCAUCUGUCUCCACGAUCGGGGGGUGUGCGGCCCUCUGGGCCCCCGGGUGUCCCGGUCCUCGGGCCCCCCGCAGUGCAUGAUUUAGGUUCACAGAUAUCCUGCCGCCUCAGCUCUCCUUGGCGCCCCCUUGUGGCCGCGGCCGUCAAGGGCUACCUUACGCGGCGGCUGCUGCGCUCGGAGCACGUCGCCCAGCUGCAGCGCACCGUCAAGGACUCUCAGCACUUCCUGUUGGCGUUCCAGCCCCGGACAGCAGAAACAGAGGAGUUUGAUAGCGAACAGGACCUGGAGUUACAGAAGCGGGUCUUACUGCAGCUGCGUUCCGCUCGCUAUGAGAUCUACGACAUCUUCUUCAGCUCCUCAGCGGCGGAGAGGAUGCAGAUCAUCUCCUGGGACCGGGCGCUGAUCUGGGAGAGGGAGCUGAGACGUCGGGAAAAUGGACAAGAGCGUCGUAAAGGAGGGGCCUCCCUGUCUGCAGCUACCGAGAAGUCCCUGGAGAGGAGGAGGAGAAGCUCGGCGCUACACAAAAUGGCGGUCGAGGGACGACGGGUGGCUGGGGCGAAGGCUGGCUGGAGACGGGCCUGUCAGCACCCCAGGCCACGGUGAACCUGGAGCCGCACGGCUGACAGUGCAGCGGGACAUGCCAAUAAGCUAGUAUCGGUGUCCACAGCAGGGGGCGCCAUGACCUCUCGUGCCACAGCUGACUGUGACAAACAGCAGUGACUCCAGGAAGCCAGAUUAUUAAUCAUAUGGGCUUCAUUUAUUUUACUAUUUUUAACUUUUGUUACUUUUAAAAAAUGCGCUUUCUAAAAUGUGUUUUUGUGUGUAUAUUAAUGUAUUACUUUAGUGUUUUUUUGCAUCUGAUGCAAAAAUUGGGAUCUUUCUAAUAUAUAAGGGAUAGAUUAUUUUCUGUAUUUACUUUUUGUAUUUAAAUGUUCUGUAAUAAAAGUUUGUCUUUGCAUUGUG